AUGGAGCAGGACCCUAAAAGUGCGAGUUUGAGUUUGGAUACAGAAGGUGUAUAUAUUUCACAUGGGAAAAAAAAUUGUGUGGAAAAAGUUGCCCUUGGUCUGAGUGGAGAGAGUGGGUGUAUUAUAAAAUCUAGAAUCCAAUAUUUAAUGAACCCAUUGAACUAUUUUUGUAUUAAACAGACCUGUUUUCUGCUUAUUUCUUCGACCCUUUCUUCUUGCCAAUCACGGUACAUUGAGAAGAGCUUGAGUAAAACCUUGGGAUUCACUGUAGCUUGAUAAUCACCUGAAGCCUGCGACAUCCAAGGCCUCCUCACUAAAAUAUCUGUCAAACUACCCUCUGUCGGAGGAUUAGUCAAUAUCGGAGGCGUCUACUGUUGCAACAAUCAACAAAAUCAUCAAAUUCACACCUUCAUAGAUAUAGAACAAGCUAAUAAAAAAAGAAUGAAAAUAGAAAAAAGAUAA